AUGACGGCCACGUCGGGACCCAAUGGGGCGAAACAACAAAAGCCCAACGGCAAGGGGGCUAAGAAGGAGGUCAAGAUUCUGAUGCUUCAUGGCUUCACACAAUCUGGUGCUCUCUUCCGUGCCAAGACUCGCGCCCUUGAGAAGCUCCUCGUCAAGCUUCUCAACCCCAUCUCUCUCCUCCCAGUUCUCAUCUACGCCACUGCUCCCAACCGUCUGAGUGCGGAGGACAUCCCGGGUUAUCAACCACCAGAGGAACCCCCUGCCGAGGACUACCAGCCCGACACCUGGGCUUGGUGGCGCAAGGACGAGGCUACGGGCAACUAUCGUCUUCUGGAUGAGGGCAUGGCAACUGUCGCUGAGGCGAUCCGUGAGGCGGGCGGUAUUGACGCUGUGGGUGGCUUCAGUCAGGGCGGUGCUAUGGCCGCUCUUGUUGCUGCAGCACUAGAGCCGGAGCGGCCACUGCCCGAGGGCAAGGAGGGUGACUGGGCAAGAGGACUGAGAGAAGCCAACGAUGGAAAGCCUCUCAAGUUUGGUGUCUUUUACUCGGGCUUCUGGGCAACACCCGAUUCCCUCCAGUUCUGCUUCGAGCCCAAGAUCAAGACCCCUACCUUGCACUACCUCGGCAGUCUCGACACAGUUGUGGAUGAGAGCCGCAGUCAGGCUCUCGUGGAUCGUUGUGAGGAGCCUCUUGUCAUGGUUCACCCAGGAGGCCAUCAUGUACCCGUCAACAAGGAAUGGGGAAUGCCCCUGGCUGGCUUCAUUAAGCAACAUGCCGAAGAGAAGGAGCUUAAAGCGGACCUAUAG